CUCCUCCUGUAGCAAUAGCCAUAGCCAUAGCACAUCAACAGCUCCCUCUUUCUUUCGUUGAUCACAUCACUAAAGGAAUCUAGAUAUCUGUGUUUUGCUGAAACUACUCAUCGAUCAACGUGAAGAUUCUAUCAGUGUUCGUCACUCCCUCUUCUCUCCAUUGGCUGGAUCUGAAACUUUGUACCAACGUUUUCCCCCGUUUUUACAGGUAUGGGGAAUUGUCAAGCGUCGGACGCAGCGACUGUUGUGAUUGUGCAUCCAGGGAAAAAAGUCGAGAGGAUGUUCAGGUCGGUGAUUGCUCGUGAAAUCAUGGAUUCAAAUCCCAGCCACUACGUCGCACUCGUUGUGACCUCCGCGGUUGUGAAGUCGGUGAACGGAUCGCCGGUGAAGCAGCUCAAGCUUCUCCGGCCAGACGAUACUUUGCUUAUUGGCCAAGUUUACCGGCUCAUCAGCUUCGAAGAUGUUUUGAAAGAGUUUGCUGCAAAGAAGUGCUUAAAACUCGGAAAGUUGAUAAAUGAAAGAGGACUGCUCCGGCUGGAGAAGAAGAAGAAAGACGUCGCCGGUGCUCCGUCGGUUCCCCCUUCUGUUAAGAGGGUGCACAAUAGCAGAACAGGAGGGGGAUGGAAACCAGGGUUGAAGACUAUUUCAGAAAUGGGAAAUUGA